AUCUCGUAAAACGAAAAACAACAACACAAGACUGACAGAAGAAAACGAAACUAACAUAUGUACAUAAAGCUUUAGCUUUAAAUAGCCUUAUAGCCGAUUUUAUUAGGCCAAGACUAAGAAGGCCCAGUUUCGACUUAGGUGUUGUAUAAUUAAUAUCGCGCUUUCAUGGGCACUUUUGAGCGCAAGAGCGAAGUAAAAUCGCUGAAAUGAGCUACAAAGAGGAAUUAAACAACCAACCUCCUUUGCCAUUAGAGCCUCUACCCAGGGGCAGUGAAGAUGAACGCCGAUUGUGGAUUGGCAAUCUGGACCCCCGAGUUACAGAGUUUACUUUACUGAAACUGCUGCAAUCCUAUGGUGCCAUCGAGAAGUUUGACCUAUUAUUCCACCGCCAAGGCCCCUUGGCAGGCCAGCCGAGGGGCUAUGCAUUCAUCACAUACAAGUCAAUCUCUGAGGCCUCCCAUGCCAUGAAAGCAUUGCAUGGGAAACUUGUCGGGACCAGAACCAUCACUGUUCGACUCGCCACCAGUGUUCCAAAAGAAGAUUUAGAGAGACACAAACCAGAGAUUCUUAUUCCGGCUCUUUCUGGUACCAAGACCAAGUCAGACGAGAAAAAAUCAAGUCCCAUGACUAAAAUACAAGAGAUUGAGGCAAAACUGCAAAGAAUGCAGAAUUCUUCUCAAGCCUUCAACUUAACUGCCACAGCCUCAAAGCCAAAGAUAGCUCCAAAAGGACCGCUGGUGGUGCCAGGAAUGGUGCUAUACAAGCCACAGCCCCAGCUAAAAGAUAAGGCAGCUCCAUACAAUAAAAACGACCGACGCCAUCACCGGCAUCGUAGAUAACUUAAUUCGUGUUCUGAAACCGUAAUCUCAAGUCUAAUUUUUUGGACGUUUUUAAUACUACUUAAAUUUAAAAAUUACUACUAGGUUUAUAGUGUAUGCAACGAUUUAGAAAAAUGAUAUUUAAAUUAAAUAAUGCUGUGGUGAAAUAUGAGCA